AUGGAUCCAAACCGGAGAAAAUCAGAGAAGAGCUCGAAAUGCGAGCUCUGUUUGGAAACGGUUCGAAUAAAAGUUGAAGGCAAAGUGACAAGUGAAAUGAUGUCACAUGCAGCCGUUCAUCUACAAGUGACACAGUUCUGUUGCUCAAAGUGUAAGUAUGGCUAUUAUACCAAGGAAUCUGCAAUGUUGCACGUUCAUCAACGCCAAUCGUACAUCUUUGACACAAUAAAUGACAAUCUGCUGAUGGGGCAGUAUAAAAUGGCUCUUGCUUGUUUUCCCGAAUCAAGAGAGGAGAUUGCCGAGUGGUUCAACAGGGAAUAUUCAGCGUUGAAGAAAAAAACCUUCACAAAUCGGCGAAUUUGCCAAGUUCCAACUAAGAAAGACGUUGCUAACAAUGGGCCACCUAUACUCAAUUUACCAAUGGAUUCUUCUAUUGGUCCUUUGGUUACAAAUCAGCUACUGAAAAGUGAAGUCGAAUCCCAAGAACCGUGCUUACCGCAAGGAGGUUCAAAACAAGGAAGCUCAGGAUAUCGAGAAGAUUUGCAUGAGGAUUACAUGCAUACAGUAAAGCUAACCAUCGAGGUGCAACGUCUCCAAGAAGAACUCAAAAAGAAAGAGAACAUAAUUUUCGAUCGAGACGGGCAAAUCGCCGAUCUGCGGCUAAAGUUAAAAUCAGCCAACAAUGCUUUGGAAGAAAAAGAUAAAGAACUGAAGGAAUUGAAAGAAAUGUUUCAAAAAGUCAACGAAAGUCGAGAUCAUGUUCGGCGCUUGUUGGGCCAAUGCACUGAAGAGUUGGAAAUGGAAAAACCAAAGAACAAA